AGAAAAAAAAGAAAACAAAACAAAGCCUAGCAAGGGAAACCGUUCUUCUGUCGGCUCCCACGAGAACCUGUGCUUUGCUCUCCGGAACAGCCGUAAAAUUGCAGGGAAAACAAAGCUGGGAGCGUUCACUCCCCCUCCACAAGCAUGGCAACAUCUGCGCAAUAUCGACAGCUUAUAAACGACUACGGCCCCCCAUCUCUAGGCUACACACAAGGGAUGCAGGGUACCAGCAGCAGUCAAGUACCGCAAAGCAAAUAUGCAGAACUUCUAGCUAUCAUAGAAGAAUUAGGAAAAGAGAUUAGACCCACAUAUGCUGGGAGUAAAAGUGCGAUGGAGAGGCUAAAAAGAGGUAUUAUUCAUGCCAGAGGAUUAGUUCGGGAAUGCUUGGCUGAGACGGAACGAAAUGCAAGAUCCUAGCCCACUAAUUCCGUUGCAAGAUUUUCCAUCUCUUAAUGAAGAAAAAGUAACAUUUAUUCCUUUUGACUCUUGAAACAUUCAGUCAAAUGCAUUUAUUUUGAAUGUUACACCUCUCUUGUUUUGCCCUUACAAAAAUGUAUAGUUAAGAAUGAGAAAACAAGGAUUUUUCAACUUACUGAGGGUUUGCAUUUUGUAAAGACGUUAAAAACUCCCCAAAAUGUUUCUAAAACAUGAAAACUGAACUGCAUGCAGAGGAAUGCUCUUUCUCUCCCAGGCUAUAUUUCAGUUCCCUUCUUAUCCAGCCACAGCCUCAUUCUGUUUUUUUUUUCCUUUGACUAUAUUCACUUAACCCCAAACUGUCAAUCUUUCAAAGUUUGACAUAAGCUCUAAGGAUUUUUUUUUAAAUAAACGCAGAAUAGCAUGCUGUACCUAGUAGUCUGCUAAGUCACAAUUUGUCAUACAGCAUAGACCCUGCUUAGAAAUAACCUUCCCCUCCUCUUAUUUUUCCUUUUUCGUUCGUUUUGCAUAAACAUUUGCAUGACUGUUAGUGCUUUGAAGUCCAUUUAAAGUGCAUGAGUUAUAUGGAAAAUAGGGAAACCUAUUAAAUAAUAACAAGGUCCUGGAAAGCUAAUUUCUACAUUAAGGCUGGAGAUUUCAGUUUAAAGUUUGCCAAAAAAAAAAAAAAAAGACAAUUCUGGAUAAAUUACUAAAACUGUUAUUUGCAUCUUUGUAUGUAUUUAUUACUUGACGUAAUAAAGCUUAUUUUCAUUAACAAUUUGUAUUAAAA